AAAAAGGUUGUGUCUGAAUCAUGCGAUGCGAGAAUCAAAUGCCGUAUCCGAGCAUAUUUGAUAGUUGCAGUUCGCUCUCCAUCGCCUGAAUUAUUGCUCCCUCACUCAAUCAAUUCUUUGCUGACUCAACUUCUUCUUGGUGCUUAACAAUCACCUAAUCGGCUCCCCAUAUCUGAGUCCCCAGUAAAAAAAAAACAGUUCCGUUCCCCUCCUUGACUUGACCCUUCAUCAACCCCCGCGUGCCGCCGCCGCUUCCGUCUCCGCCUCCGAACCCGCUCUCCUCGUGCGUGCGUCCCGUCGCAGACAGUCACAAGCCGAGGUCGAGAACCAAGGCUUUCUCUUUGGGAUACCAAUUGCUGCUGUUGCAACACUCCAUACCCUGCACUGUCCAAUUCCUCUGCCAUUAUUCCCCAUCAUACCUCCAAGAUGCCCGCAACAAUCCCCCAGAACCAGUUUGACUCAAUCCCCGACUCGAUCGAGGCUUUCCGGAAUGGAGAAUUCCUCGUCGUGCUUGAUGACCCUUCACGAGAAAACGAAGCCGAUUUGAUUAUUGCUGCUGAAGAUGUUACAACCGAGAAGAUGGGUUUCCUUAUCCACCACUCCUCCGGCUACGUCUGCGCUCCUCUCUCCCCCGAUAUCACUACCUCUCUCGACCUUCCUCAGAUGGUCCCCAACAACCAGGACCUUCGAGGUACCGCCUACACCAUCUCAGUUGAUUCAGCCGACCCCUCCGUCUCAACCGGAAUCAGUGCUCGCGACCGCGCUCUAACCUGCCGCACACUCGCCGACCCCAACGCACGCCCUGAUAGCUUCCGCCGUCCAGGCCAUGUCCUUCCUCUGCGAUCCCGCCCUGGUGGCGUUAGACAGCGACCGGGUCAUACCGAGGCUGCUGUUGACUUCUGCCGACUAGCUGGCAAGGCCCAUGCCGCGGUUAUCUGCGAAAUUGUCGACGUCGGCGAGGAGGCCCCUGGCCAGGCUCUUCGUCAUAAUCAUGGCAUGUUGAGAGGCGAGGAUUGUAUCACUUUCGCCCGAAAGUGGGGUUUGAAGGUCUGCACCAUUGCUGAUUUGGUCGCAUACCUUGAGAAGACUGAGGGAAAGCUCGAGGCCAACGGCGCUGAGUCCAAUGGCAACUAAACCGACAUUAUCAUAGGAAAUGGUUAUUAGGAGAAUUUGUUGGGAAUAUGGCGGGCGAGUGGCUGGUUGUUCUACUUGAUUCAUGUUCACACAUAUCCACAGGGCAAUUGAUGGUUGACGAUACCACCUUCAGUUGGUUCCUGUAUUCUUGCAUCUGUUUCUGGAUUCCUAGGGGGUAUUUUGGCAUAGACUGGGUUUCAUGGCGUCCCGAAAAGUGGCGGUUGAAAAGACAAUGAAAAAGAUAUCCCUCCUCUCACCCAUGCUUGUUCCUGGCUUUUAAGCUGGCGUUGUUGACUAUUAGGUAAUUCGUGGCAGCUUCAGGUCCAGAUCAUAUCUGUUUUUUGUCAUUAGUUUAUGCAGUUCCAUGUCGUGUUUAUGCAAAUUCCAUGCUCCUUAAGUUUGGAGAACUCGGCUAAGUCUCCAAUAUCUAUGUACCCUACGCCAGGCCACGGUUUGUAAGACUUCAU